CAACGGAUGCCUACAAGAAUCGGAUAAAAACACUUCGAUGGCUUUCAGAGCCAAACCGUUGGAUUUUGAAGUGUAAUAAACAAUGGCACUGGCCAUGUCACUGGGUGAUGAGCCUCCUGUGUACCGGAUCGACCUAGCUCUCCCUCCUGCGGAACGCUACGUCCAUGUGGCCCGUGAAUAUCGCAGCCAGCUACUGUCCCUGACGGGGCUUUUUGAUGAGCUCGUUCAAGACAUCCUGCCUGAUGGAUACGAUGGCGUUGUGAGAUGGAUCAAGCGCGCGGCGCGUCUGUUUCUCAGACGUCUGUAUAGCCGCGAGGAGACCGAGGAAAUUCGGGGCAUCAGCCGUGAGACGGGGAUUGAGAUGUACCUGCUGGUAGCGCUGAACGUCCUGCUCGAUCUCAUGAUGGGGUGCACGAGCGGCGUGGCUCGAGCGAGAAGCAAAAGAAACAGCAGCACCGAGACUCGUCUGCUCCAUUUCCGGACGCUGGACUGGGGCAUGGACGCCCUACGCAAGGUACUGGUACGUUUCGAAUUCGUCCGGGGGCCGGACUACACGACCGUCCUGGCGACGAAUAUCACCUAUGUGGGAUUUGUGGGUGUCUUGACGGGCGUGCGGAAAGGGCUCAGCCUAUCGUUGAAUUUCCGGCCGAAUCAUGACGCGAGCAGUAGGUUUCGCAACUGCAGAUACUAUGUCAGCCAUCUUAUCGUCCUUCUGGGCUUGCGCCAGUCUAUCUCAUCCAUCUUGCGACAGUAUAUCAUUCCUCUUCAUCCCCCGUCGCACAAGAGCUUCUCACACCUGCUCCCGCUAAGCAAGAUCUGGCCCGCGCUAUCACGUACCCCGUCCACGGCUGCGUACUUGAUUCUCUGCGAUGGUGACGCGGGAGUGGUGCUUGAAAAGGACCACCGUACAGCGAACGUCGCAUACGCCUCGUCCUUUAUCGUCGCAACCAAUAACGAUCACAUCACCCCUGCUGCGUCUUCUCCCCUGGAAGAAGAGGAUGGUCCGGAUCAUGGCGCAGCUUCGGGGAUGGGAGCGGUUGUCUCGAUGACCGACUUGAUAGAAGACAGCAAAAUGAGGAAGAAAUGCAUGCAAGCCAACUGGGAUAGGAAAGUCAAGCAAGCCAGGCAAAAACAACUGGCAGCCUCAACAGCCCGUCGAGAUCCUCUCAGACGCACGCGUGGGUCUCGAAAACAGGCUGGAGAUUUGUCUCCUACUGCGACUCCGUCAACGACGCCAUUUGCCUCCGACUUGCAUACCGAUAUCGAAGUGACUGCCACGCUAGAAGAAAUCGUCAAUUGGACGACGACUUAUCCCACAACAAACGAAAUGACCCAUUUGGCGGUAGUGAUGGAUGCGAGCGAGGGAAAGGUGUCUUGGAUCAGACGAUACCCAGAACCUCUGUAUCUUGAUUCAACCGCAUAUAUUUAGGCUUGGAUCUUCUAAAUUAUGAACAUGGUCAAUUCGUUUGAAUCGAAUCCAUAAAAUAACAGCAUCAUCAUUCGCAUAGCAUGGAUGGUUCAUGAUAUAA